CCGAUCGCAACGUAAGAACGAAAUUCAAUUCGGAGAAAAUUGGACAAAAAAAGUGUACCCCGACUGGAACCAAAAUUGGUCCCAAUCAGAUUUGUGCAAAAAAAAAUGUCUACCGAUCACCAUCAUCACACCAAGACGGAUUCCGAAGGAACGAGCUUGGCGCCAUCAUCACCGAACCGGCCGGUCUACUACGUCCAGAGCCCGUCGCGGGACUCCCAUGACGGCGAAAAGACCACAAACUCCUUCCACUCCACCCCCAUUCUCAGCCCUAUGGCCUCCCCCGGCCGCCAGUCCCGGGGCGACUCCUCCUCCUCCACCCGGUUCUCCGGUUCCCUCAAGCCGGGCUCCCAGAAGUCCACCAACAGUAGCCGCCGCCACCACCGCGAUGCCCGCAAGGCGGAGAAGCAGUGGCAGGAGUUCGACGCCAUCGAAGAAGAAGGACUUCUCGGUGACGGUGUUCGCCGGUCGGGAAUCCCUCGCCGGUGCUAUUUCCCGGCAUUCGUAGUCGGGUUCUUCGUCCUCUUCGGGUUCUUCGCUUUGAUCUUGUGGGGCGUGAGCCGCAAUCAGGAGCCCGUAAUUACGAUGAAGAGUAUUUCGUUCAAUCAAUUUGCGGUUCAAGCCGGAAUGGAUCACUCCGGCGUCGCGACGGAGAUGGUGACCGUCAACUCAACGGUCAAGCUCGUGUUCCGUAACGAGGGCACCUUUUUCGGGGUGCACGUAACGUCAACGCCGUUGGAUCUCUCAUUUUCCGACCUCACUCUCGCAACAGGAACGAUUAACAAGUUUUAUCAGUCAAGAAAGAGUGAGAGGACACUAGCGGUGACGUUAAGAGGAAGUGGGAUUCCGUUAUACGGUGGGGGAGCCGACUUGACGAGCAAAGACGGAAAGCCGACGGCGAGGGUCCCAUUGACCCUGAGAUUCAAGUUGAGAGCAAGGGCUUACGUGCUGGGCAGGCUGGUGAAGCCCAAGUUCUAUAAAAGGGUCCAAUGCUCUGUUGUUUUGGAGCCAAAAAAGAUGAAUGCGGCCAUUAAGUUUAAAAACUCUUGUACAUAUUCCUAGUGACUACUUAAGAACCCACGUUUUAGAACAUCUCCAAUGACGAGUCUCGGAUUUCAUUUCGAGUGAAACCAAAAAAAAGAGAGAAAAUAUUGAGUUGGGACUGUCCAUGUUUAUUGGGACGGCGUCACGUUUUUCAUUUUUAUGUAGUUAAGAUAGUAUACAGAGUUUGAACUUACAUUAAAAAUGUUUUCAGGUA